GAGGAGCCAGAACACCCGCUCCGGCCUCGCCGCGUGCGUGCAGCACCCGGCGCUCAGCGGCCUGAUGCGCGACGCCGCCGCGUCCGCCGAUUCGUCUUGCCAGGCGCCCGCGCCCGGGCCGUCGCCGCCUCCGGGGCCGCGCCCGUCGCCGGCUCCUCCGGGGCCGCCGUCGCCUGCGAAGUCUUGCUGCCUCUACCACGACGCCGCCGGGGCCUGCAGCGCAGGAGAAACUUGCUGCUCCGGGUCUCAUAAGUCGUACCAGACCGAGAAGUCCUGCGCGAGAUAUGGCGCCAAGCACAAGUGCGUCUGGACCGGCGGACAAUGCGUCGUUGGCAACAGCGGCGAGUCGUUCAUCAUUUGACAGCGGGGGCUUGCUUCCCCUCCCGCAGUGGCACACUGGUCAUAGGGAGGAGGAUUCGGGGGGGGUGCGGGUGUUUCGUGGGAGGGCGGGCGAGGUUAUCAGGAAGACCUGGAAUAGGCUUCCUGCAGCGCGGCCUCGAGGCCCGAUGCCGCCGGGUUUGUAGACCGGCGCUGCGAAGCCAAGCGGUCUUCGUGUGUUGGUCUCUCCACCGCGCGGUGAUCUCUCUACGAAGCCUUCGGCGAAGGGGCCCGCGCUCUUGAGCACGUUCUUGCGGCCGUGCGUCGACUGUGUGCUUGCCAGACCUUCGGACCUGACGCACCGAGAGUGGCACAUGGAACCGAGUCUCGGCGUGGCCACGAUACAUUUUUGUGCGCAGUGUUUUUCUGUUGUAGUGAUUGCCUGAGGGAACCUGACCUUGCUUGCCGGGGCUCGUGGUCGUUCACGGCUCUCGGCUCCGGGCGGCUUCGCGGAGGUUUCCCCAUCCUCGGUGCCCGCAUGGGUCGCGCGGCCGAUUUGAAGUGCCAGCGUUCGCCGCUGCGUAGGAGGGUCCCAAAAGGUUGCCUCGUUGCCCCCACUUUCAGCUCCGGAUCAGGGCUUCGCGAGCGCGGAUUCGCCUCGGCAGGAAUCGCGGCACCGGGGCACGGAUCAGGUACAGUAGCCGAGCAUGUUCUUUGGGUGGAGGGCAAAGGGUG